CGACGGCCGGUUUUUCGUCUGGCUAGUCUGGCUCCGGCUCGGGGAAUAGACAACGGCAAACCUUGAUUGCCUGCUUGCACUCAAAAACAAGUACAAAAAAGCGAAACAAGCGUUCCCUCCUCACCAUCGCUACAUUGGCUGCAUCUUGAGGGACGCGCAGCGAUCUGCUUUGUGUUUGUGUGUUUAUUGCGGGAAGCGUACACAGAAGUGCUUCCAGCCUGCCGACACAGCACGGUGAUGUGGAGCCUAUGCAGAGAUCGGACCGAGGCGUGCCAUGGCUAGCGGCGAGAACGCCGCCGCACCCUUCGGCUUUAUCGCGCUCGGGGUCGACCGUGCUCGAGACAGCAACAAGGCCUAGGCCUAAUCAGACCGUCGGUGCGACUUCGAACCCGCGGCCGCGACCUCGAGGCCGACAUGGAGCAGCCACCGAGCUUCUGACUCCUGCGACAUGUUUUCUGUCCGGGACGCGGACUCCAACUUGGAUGUAGACGGCCAGGAGAUCGCGUCCAAGUGGAAGGGUCUGCUGGUGGCAGCGCUCAAGAAGGUUCAGUGCCAGGUGCAUCCCACGCUGACUGCCACCGAGGAGGCCCUGCAAUAUGUCGAGGGCCUGGUUCUGCGGCUGCUGUGGACGCUGUGCGGAGGCCGGCCGCACUCGGUGCAGGACGUGGAGGACCGCGUGCGCCGCCUGUUCCCGAACCCCAUCGACCUGUGGGCCAUCCGGGAUGCCCAGGCCGCCCUGGAGCGUGGCCGUCGCCGCUCCUCUCUCGUGCUGCCGCUCGACAAGAUACACCCUCUCCUGAACAAGGUACUAGGCUACCGGCUGGACUUACAAGUGAGCCAGUACAUGGUGGCUGUGUUGGAGUACAUUGCAGCUGACAUCCUCAAGCUGACUGGCAACUAUGUCAAGAACAUCCGUCAUGUGGAGAUCACGUGCCAAGACUGCAGGGUCGCCAUGUGCGCUGACAAGGUGCUCAUGGACAUGUUCCAUGGUGAAGACCUUGCAGCAGCCGAGGAAGAGUCCCUGGGCAGCCGGCCGCCAUCCUCGUAUGAUGAGGAGGUCAAGGACCUCAUUGCUGAGGAGAGGCAGCACAUACGGGAACUCAACAUGAUCAUCAAGGUUUUCCGAGAGCCCCUCGACAGGCUCUUCCCAGGGAGCAAGGAUCUGGAUGUCAUCUUUGGCAAUGUCACGGAGGUGUAUGAAUUCAGUGUCUCUCUCCUUGGCUCCUUCGAGGAUGUUGUAGAAAUGACAGACGAGAAUCAGAGUCCUGCCAUCGGUUCCUGCUUCUAUGAAAUGGCUGAGUAUGAUGAAUUUGAUGUCUAUGAUGACUACGCACAAACCGUGGUCCCCAGAAGUUGUCGAGACACGUUGGCCGAGCUGCUGCAGAAACCUGAUGUGGCCAGCUCCCUACAGACUGCUGGACAUGGCUUUCUGCUAGCAGUGAAGUAUGUGCUGCCAAGGUUGCUUGUGGGUCCUGUGGCCCACUGCUUUCAGUAUUUCGAAGCCAUCAAGGUGUUGCAGCAGAUGGCACCAUCUGAAGAAGAUCGAGAAACAUUGGAGCAGGCAGAAGGAUUGCUCCGGAGGCUCAAAGCCCAGCUAACACGUACCUGUGCCGACAAGCUGCCACGUAAAAGGCCUGGAGAGGCAUCCCUGCGCAUGCACAGCCGUGACCGCCGAGCCAUAGCGCUGCACAAGAUGAAGGAGCUGCAGAAGGCUGUCGAUGGCUGGGAAGGGCGAGACAUUGGCCAGUGCUGCAACGAAUACAUCAUGGAGGGAACCCUUGGCAAAGUGGGCUCUGGCCGCCGGUUGACUGAGCGGCACCUGUUUCUGUUUGAUGGGCUGGUGCUGCUGUGCAAGCACAGCAAUAAGCGCUCCAGCGUCACCGGAGGACCAACGCCCGAGUACCGCCUCAAGGAGUGCUUCUUCCUACGCAGGGUGGAGAUCCUCGACCGAGAAGACACUGAUGAGCUCAAGUUUGCCUUCGAGAUAGCACCGCGUGAUGCUCCUCACAUUGUGCUCUUUGCCAAGAAUGCCGAGGAGAAGAGCAACUGGAUGGCGAGUCUUGUCAUGCUAAACAUGCGCAGCAUGCUGGAGCGAACCCUGGACAGCAUCCUGUCUGACGAAGAGAAGAAGCAUCCGCUGCGGCUACCCGAGAACUACAGGUUCUCGCUGGAGGACUCAGAGUCCCAGGUUGUGCUGGAGGAGAGCAAAACGAACGCGGGCGUGCCGCUCAUCCGAGGCGCAACCCUUCUCAAACUGGUGGAGCGGCUGACGUACCACAUGUACGCGGACCCCAUGUUCGUGCGCACCUUCCUCACCACCUUCCGUUCCUUCUGCCAACCACACGAGCUCCUCGACCUGCUCUCCGAGAGAUUUGAUAUUCCUGAGCCUCAGGCUCCGCCCUUGGCUGAGCAAUGCGAAGGAGCUGAAGCUGAAGCCGCACGGAACCUGCACCGAGAGUGCCUCAAGCGCUUCCGUAAGGAGUACAGCCAGCCAGUGCAGUUUCGAGUGCUGAAUGUGCUACGUCACUGGGUGGACCACCACUACUACGACUUUGAGCGGGACCCAACGUUGCUUGAGAAGCUUCGUUCUUUCCUUGACCGUGUCAAGGGCAAGAACAUGCGCAAGUGGGUCGAGUCCAUCAACAAGGUUAUCCAGCGAAGGAGUGAACAGCUGGAUGAACCCCGGGAGUUCACCUACAGCUAUGAAAAGAGCCCGCCUCACAUAGAGUGGUACCUCUGCAGUACCCCGGACAAGUUUGACAUUCUGACGCUGCACCCUAUCGAGAUAGCGCGGCAGCUGACUCUGUUGGAGUUUGACCUGUAUCGAGCUGUGAAACCGUCCGAGCUGGUCAAUGCUGCCUGGACCAAGAAGGACAAACACAAGACAUCACCAACUCUCAAGAUGAUCCAUCACUCAUCUAAUUUUUCCUUCUGGUUGGAGCGGUGCAUCGUGGAAACUGAUAACUACGAGGAGCGGUUGGCUGUGGUGUCUCGCAUGCUGGAGGUGAUGCUGGUGCUGCAGGAGCUCAACAACUUCACGGGCGUCUUUGCUGUAUCCAGUGCGAUGUCCAGUGCCUGCGUGCAUCGGCUGGAGCACACAUUCAACAGUAUCAAGUGCAACCUGAAGAAGGCACUGGACGAGGCGUUCGACCUGUAUUCCGACCACUGCCGCAAGUACCAGGAGAAGCUGCGUUCCAUUAACCCACCCUGUGUGCCCUUCCUCGGCAUGUACCUGACAAACAUUCUGCACAUUGAGGAAGGCAACCUGGACUUCCUUCCCAACCACGAGGGCCUCAUCAACUUCAGCAAGCGCCGCAAGGUGGCCGAGAUCACCGGCGAGAUCCAGCAGUAUCAGAACCAGCCAUACUGCCUCACUGUCCAGCCAGAGAUACGGCAAUUCCUGGAAAACAUAAACCCACAGGAAGAUAUGUCGGAGAAGGAGUUCACCGACUACCUGUACAGCAAGUCGCUGGAGAUCGAGCCCAGAGGUUGCAAACAGCCUCCCAAAUUUCCACGCAAGUGGCCUGAACUGCCACUCAAGUCACCGGGAAUCAAGCCGCGGUUGACACGAUCAGCAGGUAGCCACCAGGUGCUGCCCAGCUGGGGAGGUGCACCCCCUCCCUCUGAAGGGGAGGACGCCACGCCUCCAACCAGCCCCUCCACACCGCUGACGCCCCCCUACAUCCAGCACAGCGACUCCAGUGUGUUUGCGCCUGUUCUGAUUGGUGCCGGUGAGUACACACUCACCUUUGUUGUGCUUGCACUGUGUUUGUUGGUUUCACUUACGAUGCAUUCCUGGCACCCUUAGAUGAUUCAAGAUCAA